CUCUCUCUCUCGCUCUCUCGCUCUCUCGCUCUCUCUCUCUCUCUCAUCCAGCAGAAGCAGCAGAUCAGUUCGACAGAAGCAGCUGCUCUGCUGCCACCGCUUUGUUUUUCUUCAUGGGAAAUAAAAACCGAAGCUCCUCUCAGGAAGGGAGCUGCUGACAUCCAGGAAAAAGUCGUUGGAGCUGCAGUGCAGGGGGUCCAUCAUGGCCGCUCACAGGAUCAGGACCGCCACCAACACCACCUCCCUGCCUCGCUGCAAAUCAGAGGGCACCCUGAUCGAUCUCAGUGAGGGGGUCUCAGAGGCCAGUCUGACUGAUGUCAAAGUGCCUUCUCCGAGUGCCUUACGGUUGGAUACAACCGCUUCCUUUGGCGCCGCCAGGGAAGUUGUCGCCAUAAAGGACUACUGCCCGUCCAGCUUCACCACUCUGAAGUUCUCUAAAGGAGACCGGCUUUACGUGCUUGACUCGUCGGGGGGGGAGUGGUGGUAUGCCCACAACAGCAGAGAGAUGGGUUACAUCCCAGCGGCAUACGUUGAACCCAUCAGCUACAGAGACUCGUCCUUUAGUGACAGUGGAAUGAUCGACACGCUGGGAGACUCUAACGAGGACGGGGCCAAAGAAUUGGACUUGUUAGGAGAGUGGACAGGAGUGAUUUUAAAACCAACCACUUUUCAAAAUGGAAAUCCUUUUGCUGUGACCAAUUCCUCCACAAACCCUUUUCUAAACAGCCCGCUAGAUCAGAUUAGCAAACAGAAUUCAGUUGACCUCCUUCUGUUUGAUACGCUCACUUCCUCUGGUCCCACUUCCAACAGAAACCCUGGAGACAAUGGUUUUAGUGGCAGUGCUUUCAAUGUGAACCCUCUGAGUCCCUCUGGCCAAACCUUCCAAAGAGACAACCCUUUUUUUAGAAGUAAGCGUUCCUACAGCCUGUCUGAACUGUCCAUCCUUCAGGCUCAGACCGACCCUCCUCAAGCUUCCAGCGGUUUCUUCGGAGGACUUAAAGCACCAGCACCAGAGCAGUUCCAGAGCAGGGAGGACUUCCGCACAGCUUGGCUCACCCAUCGCAAGUUGGCUAGGUCCUGUCAUGACCUGGAUUCGCUGGGUCAGAACCCAGGAUGGGGUCAAACUCAGCCAGUGGAGACCAACAUUGUCUGUCGUUUGGAUAGUUCAGGUGGUGCGGUGCAGCUUCCAGACACCAACAUUAGCAUCUUUGUACCUGAGGGCCAUGUAGCACCAGGGGACACGCAGCAAAUCUCCAUCAAAGCUCUUCUGGACCCUCCACUGGAGCUCAACAGCGACCGCUGCACCACUGUCAGCCCAGUGGUGGAGAUCAAACUCAGCAACAUGGAGACCAAAACCACAAUCACCCUGGAGAUGAAAGUGUCAGUUGUUGUGAAAAUGGAGAGCAGACAGACGACGGAAGUCUUAUGUGUGAGAAGUGAUUGUAAGGAGGGGCCAUACACCCCUAUCCCACAGGCAUACAUGUACGGGGACACGGUCCAAGUGGGCCUGGAUAGCCUGGAGCCAUGCAUGUACGUCUGUGUUGUGGCCCAGGCCCAGUCGUUACUUCCUGAAUCCACGGUUUGGGAGAAUGUGGUCAAAAAGAUGACAUUAGGAGUUUAUGGUCCAAAACACAUCCACCCAUCCUUCAAAACUGUGGUUGCCAUGUUUGGCCAUGAAUGUGCUCCAAAGACCCUCCUGGUGAGCCAGGUGGGUAAACAGGCACAGGUUGCACCACCAGUUACUCUACAGCUUUGGGGAAAACAUCAGUUUGUUUUGUCAAAACCUCAAGACCUCCAUCUUGGUGUUUACUCAAACAUGGCAAACUACGAAGUAAAGGCCAGCGAGCAGGCAACGGCGGUCCGGGGUUUCCAGAUUAAAUUAGGCAAAGUCAGCAGGCUGGUCUAUAUGAUCUCCACACGCAACAUUGACGAAGUUUCAGACUUCACCCUAAGAAUCCAGGUCAAAGAUGACCAAGAAUGUAUCUUGGCUCAGUUCUGUGUCCAAACACCAACACCGCCCCCUAAAGCAGGUCCAAAGGCAUCAGCACAGCGGAGAUUCCUCAAGAAGAAGGAGGUGGGGAAAAUAGUUCUGUCUCCUCUUGCUGUUGCCACCAAAUACCCCGUUUUUCAGGACAGGAAGAUAAACAACCUGAAGUUUGGGAAGUUAAUCAAGACAGUGAUCAGGCAAAAUAAAAACCAGUACUUGCUGGAGUACAAGAAAGGAGACUUUGUAGCUCUGCUGAGUGAGGAGAAGAUCAAGCUGAAGGGCCAGUUGUGGACAAAGGAGUGGUACAUUGGGUACUAUCAGGGCAAAAUGGGGCUGGUUCAUGCUAAGAAUGUUCUAGUGGUCGGCAAAGUAAAGCCCAUUUACUUCAGUGGGCCUGACCUCACCACCUCCUCCUUACUGGAGCAAAUUCUGAAGCCCUGCAAGUUCCUCACAUACAUCUAUGCGUCAGUUAGAACAAUCCUGAUGGAGAACAUCGGGAACUGGCGAGUGUUUGCCGACGCUCUUGGAUACGUCAACCUACCGCUGACACAUUUCUGCCGCACAGAGCCGGACAGCAAGCCAGAGAGGGUGGCUUCGGUCCUGGAGAGGCUAAAGGAAGACUGCAACAAUGCAGAGAGCAAAGAGAGGAAGUCCUUCCAGAAAGAACUUCUGACUGCUCUGCUGAAGAUGGACUGUCAGGGUCUGGUGGCCAGACUUGUCAUGGACUUUGUCCUCCUGACCACCGCUGUGGAGGUGGCGGGACGCUGGAGGGAGAUGGCCGAGAGGCUGGUUAAGGUUUCCCGCCAGCAGAUGGAUGCUUAUGAAGCGCCGCACCGCGACAAGAAUGGCGUGGUGGACAUCGAGGCCAUGUGGAAGCCGGCGUAUGACUUCCUGGUCACAUGGGCCGCUCAGAUCGGUGACAGCUACAGGGACGUGAUCCAGGAGCUCCACAUGGGUCUGGACAAGAUGAAGAACCCAAUCACCAAACGCUGGAAGCACCUGACCGGCACACUGAUCCUGGUCAACUGCCUGGACGUCCUGCGGAGCUCCGCCUUCAGCCCCGCCGCCCAGGAGGACUACGCCAUCUGAUGGCAAAGGGGGGGCCACCUCCUUUUAGCCCGCUCCUCUGGAGGCGGCGUGUGGCUGCUCCUCUAAACCACACAGGAACCUCAGAGACCAACGACUCUAUUUUUCUACUUUAGUCGUGACGCAGCCCUUUUUUAACGCGGCACUUUAAACCUUUGUUGAUCAACUGUGGAUCAAACUGUAGAAGCUCCUAGCUUCCUUGCUGUUAGCUCCUAGCUAUUAGCUCCUAGCUCCCUUGCUGUUAGCUCUAAGCUUCCUAGCUUUUAGCUUCUAAGCUAUUAGCUUCCAAGCUGUUAGCUCCUAGCUUUUAGCUCUUAGCUGUUAGCUCUUAGCUUCCUAGCUUUUAGCUUCUAAGCUAUUAGCUUCCAAGCUGUUAGCUCCUAGCUGUUAGCUCCUAGCUAUUAGCUCCUAGCUAUUAACUUCCUAGCUAUUAGCUCCUAGCUUAUUAGCUAUAAAUCCUAGCUAUUAACUCCUAGCUUCCUAGCAAUUAGCUCCUGGCUGUUAGCUCCUAGCUCCCUAGCUAUUAGCUUCCAAGCUUUUAGCUCCUAGCUUCCUAGCUAUUAGCUUCCAAGGUUUUAGCUCCUAGCUUCCUAGCUAUUAGCUUCCAAGCUUUUAGCUACUAGCUUCCUAGCUAUUAUCUUUCAAGCUUUUAGCUCCUAGCUUCACAGCUAUCAGCUUCCAAGCUUUUAGCUCCUAGCGUCCUAGCUAUUAGCUUCCAAGCUAUUAGCUCCUAGCUGUUAGCUCGUAACUUACUAGCUAUUAGCUUCGAAGCUUUUAGCUUCUAUCUUCCCAGCUAUUAGCUUCCAAGCUUUUAGCUUCUAGCUUCCCAGCAAUUAGCUUUCAAGCUUUUAGCUCCUAGCUUCCUAGCUAUUAGUUUCCAAGGUAUUAGCUCCUAGCUGUUAGCUCGUAACUUACUAGCUAUUAGCUUCGAAGCUUUUAGCUUCUAGCUUCCCAGCUAUUAGCUUCCAAGCUUUUAGCUCCUAGCUUGCUAGCUAUUAACUCCUAGCUUCCUAGCAAUUAGCAAUUAGCUCCUAGCUGUUAGCUAUUAGCUUCCAAGCUUUUAGCUCCUAGCUUCCUAGCUAUUAGCUUCCAAGGUUUUAGCUCCUAGCUUGCUAGCUAUUAGCUCCUAGCUUUUAGCUCCUAGCUUUCCAGCUAUCAACUUCCAAGCUUUUAGCUCCUAGCUUCCUAGCUAUUAGCUUCCAAGCUUUUAGCUCCUAGCUUCCUAGCUAUUAGCUUCCAAGCUUUUAGCUACUAGCUUCCUGGCUAUUAUCUUUCAAGCUUUUAGCUCCUAGCUUCCCAGCUAUCAGCUUCCAAGCUUUUAGCUCCUAGCUUCCUAGCUAUUAGCUUCCAAGCUAUUAGCUCCUAGCUGUUAGCUCGUAACUUACUAGCUAUUAGCUUCCAAACUUUUAGCUCCUAGCUUCCCAGCUAUUAGCUUCCAAGCUUCUAGGUCCUAGCUUCCUAGCUAUUAGCUUCCAAGCUUUUAGCUCCUAGCUUCCUAGCUAUUAGCUUCCAAGCUUUUAGCUCCUAGCUUCCCAGCUAUUAGCUUCCAAGCUUUUAGCUCCUAGCUUCCCAGCUAUCAGCUUCCAAGCUUUUAGCUCCUAGCUUCCUAGCUAUUAGCUUCCAAGCUAUUAGCUCCUAGCUGUUAGCUCGUAACUUACUAGCUAUUAGCUUUGAAGCUUUUAGCUUCUAGCUUCCCAGCUAUUAGCUUCCAAGCUUCUAGGUCCUAGCUUCCUAGCUAUUAGCUUCCAAGCUUUUAGCUCCUAGCUUCCUAGCUAUUAGCUUCUCAGCUUUUAGCUCCUAGCUUCCCAGCUAUUAGCUUCCAAGCUUUUAGCUCCUAGCUUCAUAGCUAUUAGCUUCCAAACUUUUAGCUCCUAGCUUCCCAGCUAUUAGCUUCCAAGCUUUUAGCUCCUAGCUUCCUAGCUAUUAGCUUCAAAGCUUUUAGCUCCUAGCCUCAGGGGCCUGGUCAUGCAGCAGGAUGGUCCCUGAGGAUGGGGGCGGCUGUCCCUGCUGAGGUCCUUCUCAUUUCAGACGUCCAGAUGUUUCAGCUGCAUCCUGUCCAGAUGUUUCUGAAGGUUCCCUAAAACAUUUAUUCAUUGAUCAUUUGCAGAAAGUUUGAAUCUGUUUAAUGACUUUUCCUGUUCCUUUGAAGGAGCUGGUAUGGUGGCUGAGAGGGCCCAGUUUCAGUUCAUUUCAAUAAACUGAUGUUGUCACCUUA